AUGAUAAUUUUCGUUCUUCUCCUUCUUACCCUCCAAAGUUGCGAUGGGAGUCAAGCGGAGACAAAGUUGUUCACGGAUUUGUUAAAAGGUAAAAAACGGUAAGCAUUUUCAGAAAAUCCCAUGCAAUUUAUAGGCUACAACCCUCUGGAACGGCCGGUUCUCAACUCUUCGCAGCCGUUAGUCGUCAAGAUUAAACUGUUUCUGCAGCAGAUUUUGGACGUCGACGAGAAGAAUCAAAUCGUUUCGGUCAAUGCCUGGUUGAGCUAUGUUAGUCAAAACGGGCAAGAAGAACAGUUCUAGAAUUCCCGUAUUCCGCAAAGCAUAUUUUCAUUUCACAUCCUGCGGAAUCGAAGAAAUGGUUAAAAUUGAUCAAUUUUUGAACUUUUUUGUGAAAAUGUUCUGAAUUGUUUGUAACCUCCAUGAAUGUCUGCUUUCAAAAUCUCUGUGUUUCUCAGACGUGGUUCGAUCACAAGUUACAAUGGGAACCGAAAAAGUACGGAGGCAUCCAGGACAUUCGAUUCCCCGGCUCGUCGGAUCACAUUUGGAAGCCCGAUGUGCUUCUCUACAACAGGUAACGAACCAUAUUUAGCAGGCAAACAAAAAAGUCAUUUUUAGUGCGGCCGAGGACUUUGACUCGACGUUCAAGUCGAACCUCCUGACCUACCACACGGGCACCGUCGUUUGGAUUCCGCCGGGCGUUCUCAAGUUUGUAUGCCAGCUCGACGUGACGUGGUUUCCGUUCGACGAUCAGGUGUGCGAGAUGAAGUUCGGCUCGUGGACGUUCCACGGAUAUGCGAUCGAUUUGCAGAUUGACGAUGACACCAACGGCAGUGAGUUUAUAAAUGGAUUCUAGUGUGAUGAGCUCAAAUUUCAGCUCAAUCCAUGGAUCUCUCUACGUAUCUGGUGAACGGAGAAUGGCAAGUGAUAAGUACGAAUGCGAAGCGGAUCGUGAGCUUCUAUAAAUGCUGCCCCGAGCCGUAUCCGACUGUCAACUACUAUUUGCACAUUCGGCGGAGGACACUUUACUACGGCUUCAACCUCAUUAUUCCCUCCCUUUUGAUCUCCCUCAUGGCAAUCCUCGGCUUCAUGUUCCCACCGGAUGCCGGAGAAAAGAUCACACUCGGUAAGAGCUCAUUCUCAACUAGUCUCGACAUUCAGUUUCCCUUCAGAGGUGACAAUCCUGUUGGCAAUCGUCUUCUUCCUGAGUAUGGUCUCCGAAAUGACGCCGCCGACGUCGGAAGCAGUGCCGUUAAUUGGUCAGUUCGAAUGCGAUCUCUCUCCCUUUUUGUUCUUUAUUCUCUGCUUUGCAUCGAGUUUGGAAGAUGUGUUAUCAUUGCCGAAUUGGGUGAUGAUGCCAUUCGGAAAACGGAAAUGAAAUGGAUCGAGGGGAGGGAUGUGGGAAACGGAGAGACGCAGAGAUUGAGAGAAAGAGAGAAGACGAGUGUCUAGAGAACUUCCACGUGUUUCCAGCAUCAAACGUACCAAAAAUCUUCCGUUCCAGGCGUCUUCUUCUCGUGCUGCAUGCUCGUCGUGUCCGCCUCCGUCGUCUUCACGAUUGUCGUGCUGAACCUGCACUUCCGAAGCCCCGACACGCACGAGAUGAACCCGAUGGUCCGUCGGGUUCUGCUCGAGUUCCUUCCCUGGCUGCUCUUCAUGUCGCGUCCCGGCUACAAGUUUGUGAAGGCCAACGUCAUUGACCAAACGGACAAGAUGCCGCGGAAGCCGAAGAAUCCGAUGGACUGCCAUCUUCCGUCGAAUCACGCCGGCUACGAGGCACAGAUUCUGCUGCUGCAUUCGGUGCACACAGAGCUUCGGAAAGUCGUGGCCUUCUACAACAAGGAGGAGAACGACGAGCGGAUCCAGACGGACUGGCGCUUCGCGGCGAUGGUCGUCGAUCGGGCGUGUCUUCUGCUUUUCACCGUCUUCAUCGUAGUCUCGAUAUUGUCCAUUUUAAUGUCCGCACCACAUUUGAUAGCUUAG